AUGAACAUCAAUGAGUAUCACCAGAAGUGCACGAAGACCCACUACCAUCCAGAGGAACUAGCUAGUCUAAAAAAAAAUCUGGCCCACCCUAUUUUUUACAGGCCCACCCUAAAGUACAUUUCUGCCUACGCUACUCGUACCAACAAAGUAAAAAGUGAAUUUCCCCUAGAAAGAUAUAUAAAGUAUGUCUUCUUCUGCUUCUUCUUCUUUCUUUUUCUGUUUCUCUGUCUUCCAGAGAAGUGGUUGUGGUCCAGGCUGAGCCCUUCCGGGAGCAAGCCCCCUCCUCGCUCUGGUUUCUCUUCGGCGAUGGGCCCUGCAGGGCGGGCGCUGCUGUUUGGUGGUGUGUGUGACGAGGAAGAGGAGGAGACACUAGAGGGUGACUUCUACAACGACCUGUACCUGUACGACACAGUGAAGAACCGCUGGUUCCCCGGCGUGCUGCGGGGAAACAAGUCAGAGAAAAAGAAACGAAGAAGGGGGAAAAAGGGUGGAGCUGAGGGGGAAGGAGCUGAGAAGAAGGGAGAGGAGGAGGAAGAGGGGGCAUCUCAAGGACCUACUGAGGUCAUCAAGGAAAUUAUCGCGGAGGACGGUACAGUGAUGACCAUCAAGGAAUUGAUCCCCGGAGCUCAGCAGAAGGAGGAGGAGGAGGAAGAGGAGGAGGAAGGAGAAGAGGACGACGAAGAUGCCUGGGCCCCCCUGGUGGAGCCCUGCGCACGGUCCAGCUCCAUGGCAACGGUGCGCCAGGGCAAGAUGUUCCUGUUUGGAGGGAUGUUUGAGGUCGGUGACCGCCAGUUCACCCUGAACGACUUCUACUCUCUGGACCUCAACAAGAUGGACCAGUGGGAGGUUCUGGUGGAGAUGGACCCAAAGACACAGGAGUGGCUGGAUGAGUCUGAGUCAGAGGAAGAUGAAGAGGAGGAGGAGGAGGAGGAGGAGGGGGCGGCGGCGGCGGUGAAAGGAGCAGAAGGGGAGGAGGAGUCUGAAGAGGAAAGCGAGGAUGAGGAAAGCGAGGAUGAGGAAGGCAAGUGA